GUGCCAAAACGCGAAACAGCAUCAGACAGCCGAACAACAUACGUGGAUAUUUCAGCAGCUAGAAGACGACGAACAAGCUUCAAGCAGCAGCAGCACACGCACGUUCCAGACAGAUCCUCGAAUUGCGUGCCGGGAUACACCGACGGAAGGAUCACACAUACGUUCGAACGGCGGAAUAUUACUCAAUCCUCUCGCCUUGCUUGAAAAGUGAAAGUCGCAGCAAGGAAACGGAACGCGAAACAGACACGGGAAAAUUAUGAAACAGCUUGCGUUAACCUUGACGCUGUUUGCGGCGGUGGCACUCGGUCAGCGAGUUGCCCCCGGAGUAAAUCCCGGUCAUUAUCAACAACAGCCUCAGCAACAGUAUCAACCACCCCCGCCACAGUACAAUCAGCCCCCGCCAUCCCCGCAACAGCAGCAACACUAUCAGCAACAACAACAGCAACCUCCUCAGUAUCAACAGCAACAGGUUCCGGUUCAGCCCCAGUAUCAGCAGGUGCCGGUACAGCAGCAGCAGCAGCAGCCUCACGGUGGUGGCCAUGCUCCACACCAUGGUCAGCCUCAACAGGUGUUGAAUGCGAACAUUCAAAACGAAAAAGCGCACAUUGCUGAGCAUAUGGAUGUCCCGAUCGAUACGAGCAAAAUGAGUGAACAGGAACUGCAGUUCCACUACUUCAAAAUGCACGACUCCGACAACAACAACAAGCUGGAUGGGUGCGAGCUGAUCAAAUCGUUGAUCCAUUGGCACGAGGAAAGCAAAAACCAGGAGCAGACCGGCCAGCCCGGCCACCAGGACAAAAUCUUCUCCAACGAUGAACUGUCCGCGCUGAUCGAUCCCAUUCUCAGCUCGGACGAUCACAACCAGGACGGGUUCAUCGACUAUCCGGAGUUUGUGCGGGCGCAGCACAAAGCCGCCACACAGGAACAAGCGCCUCAGCAAUAGGUCCGCCCGCCAGGCUCGGUGAAUUCGCAUCGUACAACAACCCCGUCCCCCUCUUACUGCUAGAAUCGUUUCUGCUUUCCUUAAAACCUAACAUUCAACCAACCAAUCAACCAACCAACAAACCAACCGAGACCGAGCCAUAUAAGAUUGUAGCAUUUCGUUUUUUUUUUUCGUUGGUGUUUGAGUUUGAGUCCAGUAUUUCUCGAAUAUUUUGAACAUUCCGCGACUUGGGAAUCGCACAAAAUCCGCUGACUCCAGCCCCAAGGACUGACUGAGUUGAAAACAAUCUCGUAAUAGGAGUAAAUCUCAUUGCUUUAUGUGUUUCCGUUCCAAGCAAGUUCGUUUCGUUUCCGUUUACUGACGAAGCCGGUGACAUACAAAAACAAAACGUAGUAUUUUAUAGUGAUUAAAAAAAACUGAGGAACUGUACUAGGUACGCGACAAUUAUAAAACAAAAACAAAUCGUAUGAGAGUAUUUGACUUUUGUGAGGACUGUAUUUUUGUAAUAAAAUAAAUAAGUGAUAAUAUGCAAUUUUGUGAGGUGAAUCAUUGAAUCGUAGAAAUUACAAAUACAAAAACUGAGUUACGUGAAUUGCGU